GGCCAAAAUGGAAUAAACAAGCCGGGCCGGGCUUGAGGCGUCAGGGGGAGGGGGGGGAAAGGGAGAAUUUAAAAAUAAACAACCCCGGCCGGCUCGAGGCAAGUCCCCCUCCCCGGCACCGUCCUCCCAACGCUCGCAAGGGGCCCUUUAAGGGCGGGCGAAGGAGGGAGGGAGGCUUCCCUCCCCCUGGCUUGGCCAUCACCUCCUCCAUUCUCACGCCAGGACCGGCCAGGACCGGCCAGGACCGGCCCCGCCCGCUCCCGACGCUUUCUUCUUCUUCUUCUUCUCUUUUUUUUCUUCUUCUUCUUCUUCUUCUUUCUCCCCUCCCGCCCCGUCCUCUCCCCUCCCUUCGUCUAUGGUGUCGCCGUCGUCCGUUGCUCAGGCGGAAGACGAGGCCGCAGCGCUGCCAUGAACAGCGGCGGCCUCCCGCCCCCCGCCUCGUCCUCGUCCUCCGGUGCGGCGGCCCUGAAGCUGAAGUUCUGCCGCUACUACGCCAAGGAUAAGACCUGCUUCUACGGGGAGGAGUGUCAGUUCCUCCACGAAGACCCGGCGGCCGGGCCGGGGCUGGGCCUGGGCCUGCACGGCAGCGGGGCGGCGGCGGUGGCGGGGCCGCCGGGGUCCAAGAAGGCGGAGCUGGACGGGCUCCGGCUGACGAUUCCUGGAGUAGACGGAGGUGCGUUAGCGGAUAGCAGUCUCACCGAUUCGUACUUCAGCACCAGCUUUAUUGGAGUCAAUGGAUUUGGAAGUCCUGCAGAAGCCAAGUAUCCCAUGAUGCAGAGGAUGACUAAUAGCAGCAGUUCCCCAAGCCUUCUUAAUGACAGUGCCAAGUCAUAUGCAAGCCAUGAUCCUCUAAGUUCACCUGCUUCGUCCUUAUUUAAUGACUUUGGGGCCCUCAGCAUCUCUCAGAGGAGGAAGCCAAGGAAGUAUCGACUGGGGAUGCUGGAGGAGAGGCUAGUUCCGGUGGGAUCAAAGACACGAAAAUCAAAGAACCCUAUUGGCUCCCUGGCUGACAGGUGUAAAUCAGGAGUACCCAUCAAUAUGGUUUGGUGGAACAGAGUCACAGAAAACAAUUUACAGACACCAAAUCCUACUGCAAGCGAGUUUAUUCCUAAGGGAGGAUCAACCUCCAGGCUGAGUAACGUGUCCCAAUCCAAUAUGUCUGCCUUCUCUCAAGCCUUGUUCUCUCACCCAUCCAUGGGAGGCCCUGCUACUGCUGGAUUAGCACCAGGAAUGUCACUGUCUGCCGGGUCUUCCCCCCUUCAUUCGCCGAAAAUUACCCCUCACACGUCUCCCGCACCUCGAAGGAGAAGUCAUACUCCCAACCCAGCAAAUUAUCUGGUGCCUUCUAGUGCCUCUACGCCCGUGAAUAACCCUGUCACGCAAGCCCCGUCUCCUGGCCAGGUGAUCCAGAAGGAAACGGUGGGCGGAACGACGUACUUCUACACUGACACAACUCCGGCACCUGUCACAGGAAUGGUAUUUCCAAAUUAUCAUAUUUACCCCCCAACUGCACCUCAUGUUGCCUACAUGCAACCAAAAGCAAAUGCACCUUCCUUCUUUAUGGCUGAUGAACUCAGACAGGAACUGAUCAACAGGCAUUUAAUAACCAUGGCUCAAAUUGAUCAAGCAGACAUCCCAGCCGUCCCUGCAGAAGUUGACAGCUAUCACAGCCUUUUCCCUUUGGAACCACUGCCGCCACCCAACCGGAUACAGAAAUCAAGUAACUUUGGGUACAUUACAUCAUGCUACAAAGCUGUAAAUAGCAAAGAUGAUUUGCCAUAUUGCCUUCGGAGGAUACAUGGUUUUCGGCUUGUUAACACAAAAUGUAUGGUGUUGGUUGAUAUGUGGAAAAAAAUUCAGCACUCGAACAUUGUAACAUUGCGUGAGGUGUUUACCACUAAAGCAUUUGGAGAACAUUCUCUUGUGUUUGCCUACGAUUUCCAUGCUGGAGGAGAAACUAUGAUGAGCAGACACUUUAAUGACCCCAGUGCUGAUGCCUAUUUCACCAAGAGGAAGUGGGGGCAGCAUGACGGGCCGUUACCUCGACAGCACGCUGGUUUGUUGCCGGAGUCUCUCAUUUGGGCGUAUAUUGUCCAGCUGAGUUCAGCCCUGCGAACCGUCCACACUGCAGGCUUGGCAUGUCGGGUGAUGGACCCAACGAAGAUCUUGGUAACUGGCAAAACGAGGUUACGAGUAAACUGUGUUGGUGUUUUUGAUGUUUUAACAUUUGAUAGCAGUCAGAAUAAUCCACUGGCACUAAUGGCUCAAUUUCAGCAAGCAGAUCUGAUCUCGUUAGGAAAAGUUGUGUUGGCUUUGGCUUGCAACUCUUUGGCAGGAAUUCAGCGAGAGAAUUUACAGAAAGCUAUGGAACUAGUGACAAUCAACUAUUCCUCUGAUCUGAAGAAUCUGAUUUUGUAUUUGCUGACUGACCAAAACCGGCUCCGUAGUGUAAAUGAUAUCAUGCCAAUGAUCGGUGCUCGAUUCUAUACCCAGUUGGAUGCUGCCCAAAUGAGAAAUGAUGUUAUAGAGGAAGAUCUGGCCAAGGAAGUUCAAAAUGGAAGACUGUUUAGGCUUCUAGCAAAAUUGGGAACAAUCAAUGAGAGGCCAGAGUUUCAGAAAGACCCGACCUGGUCAGAAACCGGAGACCGGUAUUUGCUGAAACUCUUUAGGGAUCACCUUUUCCACCAAGUGACUGAAGCGGGGACCCCCUGGAUCGACCUCAGUCACAUUAUCUCCUGUCUCAACAAGCUCGACGCUGGUGUUCCAGAGAAAAUAAGCCUCAUCUCCCGAGACGAAAAGAGCGUCCUCGUAGUGACUUACAGUGAUUUAAAGCGUUGCUUUGAAAACACUUUCCAAGAACUCAUCGCGGCCGCCAACGGCCAGUUGUAGUAUUGGCAGGAAACAUGCAGGACAUGGCCCAGAAACUGACCCGAGAGCAAAUUGCACUACGGCUGAGCCCCCGCCGCUGCCGCUGCCGCCGCGAUCGUCGUCGUCGCUGCCGUGACCCUCCCGUUUGGCAUCGGGGCCCCAGCCCGGAGGCGGGCGAGGCUGCUGCAGGUACACUGUUACUUGAAGGGGAGAACGUUUUACUCACCGAGAGCUACGGCUGCCGUCGGAGGCUUUGAUCUGUGAAGAAUUUUAUUUUAGAUCGAGGAACACCAUUGGGUGUGUGAUGUUCCUGCUUUUAUUUUUUUUUCCACUUGUAUAUGCACUAAUUUUAAUUUUUUAAGACGUUUUCUGAUCUCGGAAGUUUUGCCACACUGCGUCCUUUUAGAGGGGAGAGUAUUUUCAGGGGCACCUCUGGGCCCCGUUUCUGUCACCGAGGAUAACGGCAGAUCCAUUCAUUCGAUGCGUCUCUUGCCCGGCCUUGCGAAGAGGACCAGGUAAACAAUCUCAUAGCCACCGCAUCCCAUAAGUACAACUUCGUGCAUAAUCCUCGGGAAAGAGUGUCGUUUGCAAGCUCGGUAUGCCGCCCACUGUUCGUUAAAGCAAACCGGACGACGAAUAUCAAACACACACACACACACACACAACACACACAGCCAACCAGAGAACAAAACAAAGAGUUGUGAAUUGAGAGGUUUGAAAUCCCCUGCCAGUUGAUUUCAGUUUUGCUCGAGCAAAGUGUCAAAAAAAAGUAUUCUGAUUUGAGACAGUUGGACGGAUAUAGGAGCUAUCAGGAGCGUCAGUCCUGGGCGACUCCAGAUACAACCAGCGCCUUUUUAUGGAUUGGAUGUAUGUUUCCCUGCUAGUCAGGUGCAUUUACAUUUAUGCAAUUUUUUUAAUAGAAAAAUUUUUUUAAAGAAAUUGUGUUCAAGGCCUGAAGUUUCAGGAGUGUAUUAUUUACAGUAUCCUCUUUUUAUAUAUAUAUAUAUAUAUACACGUAUAUAUGUGUGUGUGUAUGUAUGUGCACAUAGGUAUAAGCACACACAUAUAUGUAUAUAUAUGUAUAGAUAUAUAUAUAUAUAUUUAAAAUCUGUUCUUGGAACCACAGCUUUAUUAUGGUACUUUACACUGGAUACAGAUACAAAGACACUGUUUAGAAGAUCAACCAAACACAGCAGUAGCCUGGCAUCCAAGAGCUUUUUGAAGUUUUACAACCUGAAUUUCGAGGGAUAACUAUCUGCUGUGCCUUUUGCAGUCACUGCUUAGCCCAAAGUAAUGUUGCUUUUGAUAAUAUUCCGAGACCCGUGGGAUAUCCCCUUGUAAGUCAGUCUCAAAAGUGGGACGUUGUCUCCCUCCUGCUCUUCGUCCUCCUUGUCCUCCUCCUCCUGCUCCUCGAUUUCUUAACAUUUGGACGCGCAGAUGUCGCCAGACUUGGGUAUUUGUGGGAUUUCUUGUACAAGAUCAAAACACCUCCACUUUGAUACUGAAGACUGCCAAAUCCAUAGGAAUUUUCUUUCAUAAGAGCAGUAGUGAAGACUGUAUCUCGCCUUCCCCAGCACUGAAUGUUUUAAUAGCACCGGGUGCUCACCACAUGCAGAACAAGAAAAGGUGGAAACUCAGAAGGUCAGAACCGACUCCAAGCACUUGUAACCGAUGCUACUGACUUCUAUUUUAAUAAUUCUCAAUGUUUGUAGUUUUCAGAGAAGUUUUUCCUUUUUCUCUGUCCACUUUUUAUAAGCUUUAAAAUGAUUCUCCGCCUUGAGAUUGGCUGUGAGAAAAAGCACCUCUCUUUACCCCGGGAGCUUUGAAGUCCAGGGAGCAGGCUUUACCCAUUUUAGAGAACCGGCGGGGGCGGGAGGGGGGAGGAGAGGGAGGGGAGAACCCUCGUGUGAUGGCAUCAAUUUUUGAGUUAAAACAAAAAAACAACAACAAAAAACCACUCCAAAGCCCAAUUACUGUUGCAUUGGACCUGGAUGGCUUUUUUUUUAAAGGAAGGGGAUGUUCAGUAUUCGGAGGGUAAUUGAAAAUGGCCACCGUGAUGUUUUCCCUUGCCGUUGAGAGGAACAAGAACCAGAAGAGAACCUGCAAAAUAGCCUUUUAUCAUUGGCUUGUGUAUUUGAGAGAGAGAGAGAGCAGCUGUCUUUUAUAUGUUUUUUGACAAAUCAUAUUGUAAUUCUUUUGUACAAAAAAGAAGUACUUGUAUUCUAGGAGAAAUAUGAAAUGCUUAAUUUAUAAGCGGGCUGAGAUUUUUUCCAAUAUUGUUUUCUUUGAAAAUGAACAAGGGGUGGGGGGGAGGGGUCAUCGUCUGUUCAGUUCCAAGGUUUGGGAACCUUGAAAAACUUCAUUUGGGGACCAAUGUUUUGUGAAAGCAAAGGGCGGGAGGUCAAACAGGGCUUGACUUUCUCAUCUUUCACAGACCAGCAAAUUUCCCCUCGCGCGGGCAACGGCGAUUGCCGGCCCAAACGUUUUUGCGUCAUUGCUGCCACUCGGCUUCAGCCCCAGUAACCUCAGGACUUUGGUUUAGACUAAAAGAUAGAUGGCUGAUCUGUUUCCUAAAGUAAAUCUUGUCAGCCAGAACACUCCUCCACCUCCAUCUUUGUAAGCUUUGUUUUAUAUUUAUUUUUUAUUUAGUCCAUCCUUGGGAAUGAUUUUUCACAGGAGCCCCUUACCCGUUCUGCCUGGGUGUCGGCGGGAACCCACGCUACCCGUAUCGUAAAUUCCCUAGGGGAGGUUGUCCCUCGGUUCCAGCCUCUACCGUUCGUAGGAAGUUUACAGGGUCGCAAAAGAGUCCAGGAGUAAGAUGUGACUUUGCCAUUCCUUCCUGUUUUGACAGAUCAAAAGCACAGAAAGGACAACCUUUGAAAUCACGUGACGUUGGGCAUUUUAAUUUUUGUACCUGUUUUAAAUUCUGUUCUGUAUAAUUGACUUUGUUGUAAAUAUUUUGGAGGGCACCUCUGUAUCUUUGUUUUAUCCUCGUCCCCGUGAUGCGUGGCAUCGCCCCUCCCGCCCCCCCGGCUCCAGACACCAGUCCGUUAAGUUCUAAUGUCAUGGUCCCAAUGUGUUACUCAUCUUUAAUCCUAUUUUCAGUCUCCUCGUGUACAGCAGUAUUUUUAAUAAAGAAUUACAGGAAUA